CGUAUCCAUUUUCAAUUCGCUCCUUCGCUGCAGCUGCAUCAUCAAUUUCAACUGCCCUCCCCAGGAGAAGAAUAAAAACAUAUGAAAAGGACAAGAAAAAAAAAGAAAAAAAAACAACAAUAAAGGGGGAGAAAGCCGGAGAGGGACGCAAGCAAUCAUACACCGGAAGGGGAGAAGUGGUGAUUCGAAUUUCCGCCAUUGAAGCAAUCCUUGCUCUGCUCACCCAUCCUUGUAAGUUUCCCAAAAACAAAACCCUAGAAAAGCCACUCCAUUUCCAUUCCCUGCAAUUCCGUCUUUCCCUUGUCUAUCCUGGGGUUUUUUUUUUUUGUUUUACUCAAAUUAACGCCACUCACAUCACGUCUUCAUCUCCUUCCUAGUAUUUACCGCCUCGGCCUGCAAAUGAUUAUUGGAGCAUAGGGCUCCGCCAACAAGAAGAUUCGAGGUGCAAAAAGGGUAAAAAAAAAAAAAAAAGACCCAAACCAUGAAGUCGUUGCUGCCCAAGGUUUAAGGCAUCGUAGGCUUUGGUGUUGAAUUGGGGGAAGAGAAACGGAAAGGAAAGAGAGGAAUGGAAGUUGAUGGAGUGUAUGCUUCAGUUGAUCCCACUGUCGUCCGAUCAAUUCCGAUACAGUCACGCCGGCAGAGAGCUUUACAUCAAUUCACACAGCAGACUCUCCCAGCUUGUAAGCCUGUACUGACACCAGCAUCGGUGAUUACAACAUUUUUCUUGUUGGGCCUUAUUUUUGUGCCUGUUGGAUUUAUCACUCUUCGUGCUUCUCGUAGUGUCGUUGAGAUUGUGGAACGGUAUGAUGCAGAUUGUCUGCCCGAGGAAUUUAGAGGCAACAAGAUGUCUUAUAUUGCAGACAGUUCUAUUCCAAAAAAUUGUUCCAGGACAUUGAAGGUGCCCAAGAAUAUGAAAGCCCCAAUUUAUGUUUAUUAUCAACUUGACAACUACUACCAAAACCACCGAAGGUAUGUCAAAAGUAGAAGUGAUACGCAGCUUUUACGAGGACUACAAACCAACGACACGAGUCUUUGCAGACCUGAAGAGUUUGCAAAUGGUCAUCCCAUUGUCCCUUGUGGAUUAGUAGCAUGGAGUUUAUUCAAUGACACAUUCACAUUUUCGCGAGGGGCAUCGGAAUUGAGAGUCGAUCGAAAGAACAUAGCAUGGAGGAGUGACCGUGAUCACAAGUUUGGGAAGGAUGUAUAUCCCUACAAUUUCCAAAAUGGGAGUAUUAUCGGCGGUGGAAAGCUAGAUCCAACUGUCCCUCUAAGCGACCAAGAGGAUUUUAUUGUAUGGAUGCGCACAGCGGCCCUUCCAAGCUUCAGAAAGUUAUAUGGGCGAAUCGAAGUGGAUUUAGACAUGGACGAGGAGAUAACAGUGGACCUAAUGAACAACUACAAUACAUAUAGCUUUGGUGGGAAGAAGAAGAUUGUGCUUUCGACCACGAGCUGGAUCGGUGGAAGGAAUGACUUCAUUGGGUUUGCAUUCAUGUUUGUUGGCUCAUCGUCAAUACUCCUGUCACUGGUCUUCAUGCUGCUUCACGUCAAGAACCCCAGGACUUAUGGAGACGCUGCUUACUUGGCCUGGAACAAAAAGGGCAUUUCUGGUUGAUUCUUGUGUUACUACAUUCUCUUAGUGCAAACGGCCGAAAUGACCAUGGAAAUCUGGCGGCGUUGUCUGGUUCAACAACUGAGAAAUGAGUUGCAGAGUCAGCUGCGAUGGCAUUUUAGGGAUAUCUGGGAAUGGGUACAUCUUCAUCUGCUAAAUGGAACAGAGAGAAGCAUCCAUUGAUUAGAUUUGGCGGCACUUUUUGUACCAUACCAUUUGUUCUUAUGCUGCCCAACAACCGGCCGAGCAUUAUUGCUUCUGUUGUAUUUUGUUUUUACGUCUUUGCCACCUCACUUUUAACAGGGGGCUUUUGAUGGUGGCGGCUGGGACCGAAGAACGUGCUUUGGUCCCUUCCUUCGGUUGCUUUAUAAACCUUUUGCCUUCUGUUGGUGUGGAUUCGUUUCCUAGUAUUGUUAACAGUUGGACGUGUACAAGAUUCCAUAUGACUAAUUGUGCAUUGGUCAAAGAGGAAGAACAACAGAUGAAGAAACGUGUAUCCUGGUG